AUGAAGCUUCUCAGCAUACUCGCGCUGGCAUCCGCCGCCACCGCCCACACCAUGUUCACCACGUUCUUCAUCGACGGCAAGAACCAGGGCGACGGGACCUGUGUCCGGAUGCCCAAGGACGGCGCGACUGGCACGAGGCCCAUAUACCCCAUCACCGGCGACGACAUGGCCUGCGGCUACGACGGCCGCGAUCCCGUCCCAUUUGUCUGCCCGGCGUCCUCUGGCGCCAAGCUCACGUUCGAGUUCCGCCUCUGGCCCGACUACCAGCAGCCCGGCGCGCUGGACCCGGGCCACAAGGGCCCCUGCGCCGUGUACGUGAAGCGCGUCGACGACAUGUUUGCCGACGCGGCCGCCGGCGACGGCUGGCUCAAGAUCUGGGAUGACGGCUACGACAGCAAGACGCAGGAGUGGUGCACCGACCGCCUCAUCGCGCACGACGGCCUGCUGUCCGUCGACCUGCCCACGGGCCUGGCGCCGGGGUACUACCUCGUGCGGCCCGAGAUCCUCGCGCUGCACUUUGCACAUAAAGGCGAUCCGCAGUUCUAUCUCGGCUGCGCGCAGAUCUUCAUCCAGGACGGCCCGGUGGGCGCCACCGUCCCCAAGGACAACAUGGUCUCGAUCCCGGGCUACGUGGAUGCGGACACGCCGGGGCUGGGCUUUGACAUCUACAAGGACGUGCUGCCCGCGUACCCGAUGCCCGGGCCGGACGUCUACGCGCCCACUGCCAAUGCUGCCGCCGCGUCAAAGGCGUCGCUGAAGCAGGUGAGCCUGGCCAAGGGCACGGUGCCGCAGAGCUGCCUCCUCAAAAACGCAAACUGGUGCGCGCAGGAGGUUCCCCGGUACACGGACCAGGACGGCUGCUGGGCGGCCGUCAAGGACUGCUACGCGCAGAGCAAGCGCUGCUGGGACUCGGCGCCGGCCAGCGGCUCGGCCAACUGCUACACGUGGAGCGACUACUGCACGGCCAUGAACGACGCGUGCGAGCGCGAGGAAUUUGACGGGCCGGCCGCGUUCGAGGGCAAGGAGAAGUUUGUGGCGACGCCGGGCGAGAUUCCGGCGCCAUGGAAUGAGAAAUCCCCAGAGGAGACCAGCACCAGCACCGGCACCAGCACCAGCACCAGCAGCAAGGUUAGCGGUGGGCACGAGCCGACGACGGUGAGGACAGAGGUGCGCAGCAGCAGCAGCAGCAGCAGCAGCAAGACAGCAGACAGCCCUGGAAAGAUAAAGACGGUGAUGGAGACUCCGAGCAAGACGGCGGCAGAGAGCUCCAAGAGUACACAGGCAACCAAGACGACGGAGACGGGAGACAUGAGCAGCGGCCUGCCGCGGCAGACGUCGACACACGGCAAGUGUGGUCCCGAAUUUGGGCAGACGUGCUCUGGAAGCGCGUUUGGGGACUGCUGCUCCAAGAAUGGCGAGUGUGGCCGCAAGGCCCGUCACUGUGCUUGUGGAUGCGUUGCCGGGUAUGGGUCAUGCUGGGAGUGA